AUUAUGAAUCAAUCCAUAUUUUUGGUCUACUUGAAAUAUUUAAAUUGUAUUUUGUAUUUGUUGUAUUGUCAUACUUUUGAAUUGACCCAAGCAUGACGUGCCUUCAAAAAGCAUGGACACUACUUUGAAUGGCGUGGUGUCCAAAUUGGCAACCCCCAAAAAAAGUCCUCACAUUCAUCAUCCUCUUUGAAUCUUCUCAAGUACUGUCCGGUGCAAGCAGGUGACCGAUUUCUGCCAUUAUCAUUUUUUUAUCCCGCUUCUACGCCACGCUUUCUUAAUUUGUCAAUUAUUUCUUAAUUGAUUACCUCUCUUAUUCUUGUAUUCUGUCUUAUUCUGGUAAUUAAUUUUAAGAGCACGUCUGAAUUUGCUAUAUAUAUAUAUAUGUUUUCGUCUUCUUUAUGGUUUUCCAUAUAUAUUUACAUUAAAAACUCUGUCGGUUGUGUGCAAGUCUUGUAAACCCUAAAUCAACCAUUUGAAGCCAUAGAUCGGCUACCCUUCUUCAAACGAGCCCACGCUCAAACCAAAAGACCAGUGAAGAUUCUCAUCCAAAUUAACAACCAAAGCCUUAACCUCCACAGCACUCUGUAGCCAACAAGCCUAAAUGACUUCCAAGUUCAUUCUUAUUAAGCCAUGAAUAUUUGUAUUGUUAACAAAAAAAAAUGCUUAGUGAUCUAGCGUUGGAAGAGUCAUGUCUCAGGUGGGUAAAAUAUCGAAUAUCUUCAGUUUUUGGGUUAAAAAGAAAGUGCCUAACACGUUACAAAUGAUAUUAGAAUCAAAUUUAAUUCUUAAUUCGAUGUUAUGCCAAGUGCUGAUCCGAGUCGAGAUCGAUCUUCCCAUCAUCAUUAGGAGAAUAGAUAGGUAGGAUGGUCCGAUUGCAAUAAUGACAUUACGAAUUUGGAUAGAAGAGAAUGUUAGAGAAUCUUAAUUAUCUCACAUGGGAUCUUAGGGAAGGACUUUGACACAUAUAGACGGGUACGGUUAAAACACUACCCAACAUAAUUUUACAUUUUCUAUUGAUUUGUUAUUGUAUUUUUUAUUUUGCUUGUAUGAAUUAAAUGUGAACAGAACCCAUAGGUGAUAUGACGUGAUCACUCAAUUAUACUCAUUUAGGAGCACCAAAUGAGUGCCUUUCUUUAGUUUAUCUCAUAUUUUCAGACUUCAUAUCUUUGACAUUUUAUUAAUUGGGCCAUUUUUCUUUCAUGGUCUAGUUUUUCUUUCUGGCAACAAGGUCGGUACCUGCCUUCCUACUAUUUGAAUUAAGAGUUCAACUGGAUCAAUUGACCGGGUUUUAUUUAACUGGCCAACUAGGCCAUUCCCAAUCAUCUUUUCAAAUGCUCUCUUAGAGUGCAAACCCAAAAGUCCUGACAUCAACACAAACACAAAGCCAAUAAGGUAGAGAUGGUUGAUAUGGCAAGUGGAGAGCUUUUGAGUUCCCUAGAGAUAAGGAUUGAAGGAAACAAAGAUAAUUUAAAGGCUCUCAAGGAUUUCAGCACGAUGGGGCCGUAUGUGUCUGGCAUGUACAAGGUGCCCACUGUGCUUCGUGAACAAAAUGAAGAUGCUUAUACACCGCGCAUGGUGUCUAUUGGUCCUCUUCACAGAGGGAAGGAACGUCUGCAGGCAAUGCAGGAGGACAAAUUGAGCUACAUGUGCUGCCUAUUUGAGCGAACUCAAUCCGACCAAACACGGAAAAUUUGCGUAGAAGCUAUGCUAGAGAUGGCACCCAUUGUGCGGGAAUGCUAUGCAAAAGCAAUAGCAGUCAUACCGGAUGACAAUGUCAGACUUGCAGAAAUGAUGCUGAUUGAUGGUUGCUUCAUAAUUGAACUUUUAUACAGGAAUUACCUACAGCAACAAGACCCCAUUUUAUGGAGCCCAGCCAAGUACUACGCGGUCCAACAUGACUUGUUAUUACUCGAGAACCAGAUUCCUUUCGGUGUUGUUCAAAAAUUGUUCGACCUGACAGUGCCAUGUAUGCCGGGUAGUGGGAACCAAACCUCCCCUGACCUCAUUGGAUGUGUCCUUUCAUUCUUAGGCGAUAUGAUAGGUCCAGAAAAUGGUGACUUGGGAAGUAAGGAUUACUUGAAUCCAUAUCACAUUCUCCAUCUUUUACAUAUUCUAUACGUGCCUGGUUAUACUAUUAGCACACAGGAGGAAUGGGCAAGCAAUUGCAAAGAGAGACCUGCAUUCGAAUAUUCUGCAACAAAACUCAAAAUGGCAGGAGUCAAAUUGCAGAGACAUAAAACAGGAAACUUGUUCGACAUGAAAUUUACUACUGAUAGUACUACUUGUCAUCGUUUGUUCAAAAGAGGUCAUCUUGAAAUCACACCUUUCUCGAUUUACCAAUCCACCGAGCCAUUGUUGAGAAACCUCAUUGCUUUCGAGCAAUGCUGCCCUUGGGUUUAUAAUUACUUCACGUCCCAUGCUUUCCUCAUGUUCAUCCUCAUUGACUCCUCAAAGGAUGUUGAAUUGCUCGAGGAAGCAGGAAUCAUAUGCAAUCAUUUGGGUUCCAGUGAAGCUGUCUCGCAACUCUUCAACAAUAUUUGCAAGAAUGCUACUCCGCGUACAUAUGAAUUCUACUAUGGUGUGCGGUACAAACUGGUCACUGAAUUCUGCACGCCCUGGCGAGUAUCAGUAGGAAAAUUGAAACAAGAUUAUUUUGGCAAUCCAUGGACUGGCAUAUCAGUUGCUGCCGCUAUUAUCCUUUUUGCCCUCACGUUUUUGCAGACCUACUACUCCAUGUUUUCGUAUCACCAUCCAAAAUAAAGGAUCUGUUGAUGUGUAUGCAUGCAACAAAGAUUUCUGCUUGAGUAACGCAAUUUUCUUGAUUAUAUGAGCAAUAACAGUUACAUAUGACUGAAAAGCAUACAAACAAUCCUGAUCAUGACCAGUUAUAUAAGUCAAUUUAUAUCUGAUGUUUGUUAAUUAUGAUUUCUGCUUGAGCAAUUCAAAAUUGAGAUGUAUUAAGAGAUGUUGUAAAACAUGAUUCCAUAUAGUAGCUUGUAUUUUAAGCGAA